AUGGCACAUUCACCAGAGAAAAGUGACAGAAAUAGGUCCUCAAGACACAAAUCCCCAGAAAGAAGACACAGUAGACAUCGCUCUUCCGAAAGACACAGCAGACAUCGCUCUUCCGAAAGACACAGCAGACAUCGUAGUCGUAGUAGAGACAGAGACAGAAAAAGAAGACACCGUGAUGAUUCAUCAGACCGUCAUCGCAGUAGCAAACACAAAAAGGAAAAGAAGAAAUACAAGAGUCGUUAUGGCAGCGAUGAUGAGGAUCAAGAGAAAAUUGAGACAGGCCAGCCAUCACUCGAGACCUUGGGCUACUCCAACGUCAGCAAUCCUUUCAACGACGUCAAUUUGGAAUCCAAGUUUGUGUGGAGCAAGAAGAAGCAACGCGACAAGAAGCAAUUGGGACUAUCAGAGACAGAUUUGCAAAAGAGAGAGCGUGAUCGAAAGCGAGAGGCAGACGAAGAACUGGCAAAACUCAACAAGCGCAGAGCAGAACGUGAAAGAGAGCUGGAAUUGAGAGAGGAAGAGCAGGCUCGUAUCCAAAGAGACGCCGAAUUGGCUGCCAUGGGUGAUUGGGAGGCAAAAGAGGAGGAAUUUCAUCUGGAGCAAGCCAAACAGAGAGCUGCUAUUCGUAUUCGCGAUGGACGUGCUAAACCCAUUGAUAUCUUGGCCAUGAAUCUGAGACUGGCAAACGAGCCUGACAAGGUUGAAGAAGACGUGGAUUUGGAAAUUGACUUGGAUGAGCCCUAUACUAUAUUUGAGAAUCUUUCUUUAGCCGACACAGACGAAUUGCAUAAAGACAUUCAAAUGCAUUUAGCACUGGAAAAGAACCCCAAGACACUCGAAUUCUGGCGAGCAAUGAUUGUUGUAGCAGAGGAUUGCUUGUCAAAGAUGCGCGAAAAUGAAGAACGUAUACAAUCAGGCGGUGUUGCAUUAACAGUGAACCAAGACAUUCAUCGCGUGCUGUCUGGCAAGACGGUAUCACAACUCUCUGUACUACAAAAUCAAAUUCAAAAGAAGCUGGCUAGCAAUGAACCCAUCGAUGUUGAAUAUUGGGAGAAUUUGCUCAAAGAAUUGGUGAUUUACAAGGCAAAAGCAAGAUUGAAUGACAUGCACCAGGAAAUACUAGCGGCCCGAUUGGAGCAAUUACGAAACAAACAGCGCGAAGAAGCAUUGAAGGUGCAGGAAGAAUUGGAAAGAGUGUUGUCUAUGCAAGAAAGAGAGGUCCAUGGACAAGGCGUUGUGGCGGGAGAGGGUAUUGCAUCAGAGCCUGUGGAUGAAAGCUUGACAGAGGCGCAAAAUCAAUCAUUCAUUAAAUCAGACACAACGAACAACCGCACUGGCACAAACUCACUGUUACUAGAAGAAUACAGCCGUGCGAUGAGCCCUGAGCCAAUGACCAGCCUGAACAGAGAGGACCGAGAGCUCGAGAUUGUGGAUCCCACUCAAGAUUUACAAGAGCUCAUGGAGAAACGUCGUGUUGUGCUGAACAGCAUCAUUAUUCCCAAACAACCCAAGCAAGAGCAAGACCAAGACGCACAAGUGGUGGAACAAGUACGCAACAAGGACGAAUCCAUUGCUUCCACUGUGCUGUUUGAACAGGAGGCGGCAAAAGGCGUCGACGAAGACGAAGAUUUGUUCAACAUUGAAGCAGAGUUGGGCCAGCAAACCUACAAUUGGCAGGACAAAUACAGACCUCGUAAACCACGUUAUUUCAACCGAGUACAUACUGGCUAUGAAUGGAACAAAUACAACCAAACUCACUAUGACCUGGAUAAUCCACCACCCAAAGUUGUGCAAGGCUACAAAUUCAAUAUCUUUUACCCUGAUCUCAUUGAUCCAUCCAAAGCACCCACCUACUUUAUCGACAAGGAUCCUGAAUCACCAGACACUGUGCUCAUUCGAUUCCAUGCGGGUCCUCCUUAUGAAGACAUUGCUUUUCGUAUCGUAAAUCGUGAGUGGGAAUACUCGCAUAAGAAGGGCUUUAGAUGUAGUUUUGACCGUGGCGUGCUGUCACUAUGGUUCCAUUUCAAGAGACAGUUUUAUAGAAAGUAA